AUGAAUAUGCUCCGCGAAUGGUCGCCGCUGGUGGAGCUGGUCAACAAAAUCCCGACUUCCGUCCAGCGAGGACUCCUGUUCCACGAUGUGUCCAUCACGUGCAUCGACCUGGUGGAGGAAUUCAUCGCCCUCGGGACGAACGUGGGGCUAGUGUUUUGGUACGAUCGGAAGAACGGUUCGAUCGAACGACUGGCAACGGAUUCCGGCUCACAGGAACUUACCUGCGUGCGGAUUGCCUCCACCGUCGACUUCAUGGUAGCUGCCGGUUGCCGGGCGGGAUCAGUGAACAUUUUCCAGAUCCCAAAGACUCCUCCGCCGGACGUCUGCGCUGAGUUGCUGCUUAAGACGAAGCCCACCGAACGGUACACGGUACGAGGAUUGCACCGGGCCGGUGUGUGUGAGCUCGUCUGGUCAAAGAACGGAAUGCGGCUCUUCUCGGGUGAUUUAGGCGGUGCGGUCGUUCUGACGGAAGUAGGAUACGCCUCGAAAACGUGCCAAUCACGUGAAAUCAUCAACGAACGAUACGAAAUCGUGCAGAUGGAUUUGCGCCGAGGGCAGCUGCUCGUGUCUAGCUCGUUUCGCACAGUGAUCUGUAGCCCGGAGGAUGAUGACUCUGGCCAACGCUGGCGGGUUGCUCAGGUGGGCAAGAAGGAUCGCAAAAUGUUGGCUCCGUUCGGGGCCGUCUUCGCUAACGUGCACGGCAAGCACCAAGUUGUAUCGACACGGUCCGGUUUCCGUUUGUGGUUGGCGGAUGACGAAGGAAACGUUGCACAGACACUCAUCUUUAAGGAGUUGAUGCGUGCACCAUGUCCGGAAAUCGCGCUACUCAAUCCAUCCCGGAACCCGAUCCGAAUACCGACCACCUUUGGCAAGCUAUACCCCUUCGAGGGUCACCGGAUGGUUUCGGUGGCCAAUGGGGCGCUGUUUCUGCUCGAUCUCGAGCGAAUGGCCGUGGUAGGAUCACUUACUCGGUUGCGUCACAUUUUAGACGUAGCCGUCGAUCGAAAUGAAAUACUCAUCCUGGAAAGUGCCCGCUCGCUAGUGCGCAUUGGCACCCUACCGGAUAGCAGCCAGUCUACGAUUGUGCUUAAAAACCUGGAACUAUUCGUUAGCGCUGAAUCACAGGUCGUACAGGCGGACGAGUGCUACGAGGAGACACCCGCAGAGCUACUAGUACGCAAUGGCGAGUCACCCAGUAGUUCCGUUCCGGGCGAUGAGCUAGUCGAUGUCGCCGGCGAUGGCGAUGGUCACGAUGACGCUCGGUUGAUCGACAAUCACAUGAAAAAACUGGAGCUUUUCGACGCGCUCAACGAGCUGAAGUACGAUGAAUCGAUACUAUUCAAGAGCGGCCGCAGCCGUAGAAAGCACCGCACGAAGGUCAAUCCAAUCGUCGAAAUCGGACAGAUUCCAAAGGAAGUUGAACCGGCCGGCGGUGAGCCCUCCGGUAGCUAA